CCUUGCUGAGCGUGGAGCCCAACACGGGGCUCGGUCCCACCACACAGAGGUCACAACCUGAGCCGAAAACAAGGGUAGGAUACUUAACUGCACCACCCAGGCGCCCCAGUUCUUAAUAAUUUUUACCAGGUGGUACAAUUUUCAGCAUAAAUCAGUUCGCACGUGUUUUCAUCCCCCACAAUUAGAUCUUGUGCUCAUUUACGGUUAAUCCCCAUUCCUCACACAGCUCCCAGCACCCCCUAGCCUGCUGUCUCAAUAACUCUUCUCUGAGCACUUGAUAUGAACGCUGUCCUACAGCAUGCAGGCUUUCGGGUCUGGCUUCCUUCACCUAGCAGGGUGUUUUUGAGGUUCGUGCACGAUGCAGUAAAUGUCCGUUCCUUUGUACGGCAGAGUAACGUCCCAUUAUAUAUUCACAUUUUGUCUAUCCACUUUACCAACUCACGGGGCAUCCUCACUUCCAGUUGUUUUCUAAUAUUCUGUACAUUUUACACCUCGUUUCCCCCACUAGAAUGUCAGUCCCGUGAGGCCGGGAUUUUGCUGGUUUUGUUAACCUCUGUAUGCCCAUCACCUGAACUGUGCCGGGCACAUAGUAGGUACUCAGCAAAUGUAUGCCGAAGGAACUGACGAUGAAGAUAACUUUUUACUAUCUUUAAGGGCUAAGCUGCUCAUCAAGCAGGGGAAGGAGGGUUGCCAGGAUGGGCUGUGGGGAGCCAGCAGUCAGGGCAGGCGCCUCUGAGGAAUGCGCUUUGGAGCAGAGACCUGAGGGCACGCGUUCAUCACCACCCCCAGGCCCCAGCCACCACUCCUGCCUGCCUGCUCCUGCAAGUGUGGUGGCCCAGCUGCUGGUGGCAGGGCUGGCCGGGGAUGGAUUUGCAAGGACACUUGGCUGCACAGCAAGGGGAGCAGAUGGCUCAGCGCCCCCCCCGCCCCCAGCAGCCUGACUGGCCCAGCCAGGCAUGGGGAGCCCCUUCCCCUGAGCACCCUCCAGGGAGAGCCAGAGGGGCCAGGGCCUUGGACUUGAGCCACACUGUCUGAGUGUGAAUCCCAGCUCUAGCCAUUCAUACUACAUUGGCCCCUCAGCAUCUUGUUUGGUCCCUCAGUGUUCUCAUCUUUAAAAUAGGGAUGAUAACAAUACAUAUCUUCUAAUUAAAAAGCCAGACAUUAUCUUACAAGCACUUAGUCUGUGCCAGGCACAGUUCUAGAAACUAAUCCAUGACAACAGCCCCAUAUGGAGGCUGCCACGUACAGAUGAAGAAACAGGCAUAGAGAGGCAGAGUGACUUUCCUGAGGUCACCCCACUACUGAGUGGGUCUUCAAAUUCAGGAGGCUGAUCCCAAGCUCUUCACCCCUUCAGACACUGCUUCUCACGCAGCCGUCCAGGGUUUAAAGCGAGCUAAUGUGCAUGAAGACCUUUGGAACAGCGCCUGGCCCGCAGUAAGUACACGGAGUGUUGGCAUUAUGAUGGUGCAUAGGGCACAGGGAGACACCCUCUCAUUUCUUCAAAAGCAGGCAUCUGACCCUUUUAUGGGAAGCAGGUGACAGCUCCAGCCCUCCCCCCAGAAACCUACAGCUGCCCACACAGUGCCCCCUCACUUGCCGAGGCUCACGGGGUGGAAAUUUAGCAAUCAACUGUCCACCCACCUCAUUUCCCAAGAAGAAAAGUUGGGUGGUGCUGGGGAGGGGCUAUGAGUCAAGGCUAAGGACUCUGAGCCAAGUUGGGUGGGGCUCCUCCGAGGUCCUUGGGCAGCUGGUUCUCACUGCCCCUCCCCCUGCCCUCUGGGCUCUUGCGGUCCUCCCCACAGACCAUCUCUCACCACCAUGGAGUUGGACCUGGCCGCAGCCCUCGACUCCAAGGAGCUCCAAGGGACAGGCCAGGUGGGAGACCACAAACACAGCCCCCCCAAAGUUCCGGGCGCGUCAGAGGCGGGGGCGGCUGAUAAACCGAGGGGCGGCGGUCACCGCAGCUCCUCGGACUCCAGCAGCGACAGCUCCAGCGACUCGGACAUGGAAGCAAAGCCUCCAGCUGCCGCCUCCGAAGGGCACAAGAGCACGCCGGCCAAGGUCAAGAAGCCGAAGGCGAAAAAGAAGGAGAAGAAAGGGAAGGCGAAGAAGGAGGCUCCUCACUGACGAGCCCGGCCGAGUCUCAUUAAACCUUCUUUCGACUCUC